AUGCCUCGUUUUCAAAAUGUGGUGGCCGUCAUCCUAGGCGCGUCCGUGCUCUGUAGUAUCACCGUAUUUUACAUCACACGUCCUCGGGAGGGCAAAAUUCAGCUGCCUAUCCAUUCCGACGAUGAUCGCCCUCCAGAUCCGUUCGACGUGUCCCAGCCUGUUGAUUUUAUAGACGGGAUAGCUAUUAAUGCAAAAAAGUUUUGGGAAAAGAUGAGGAGGAGGAAAAUCAUUCUGUCAUUCUUGCUUGCGGCCAUCCUUAUCUUGAAAACUAUUUGCUUUGGUUGGGCCAUCGUUGAGGACGAACCCUGGAAUGUAGCCAGCUAUGCUAUCCACGUCUUUUUCUCUCUUUAUCUUCUUGCAGUCGCCAUCCGGUCGGUCAAUCAGGACGCCCCCGGCCCUCAUUCAGAGUCGGUCUUCCACCUAACGACAUUGACAACGCUAGCCACUAUUUUCCUUGGGAUUUCGAUUCUUCUUCCUACAGAUCCCCCUCCUGUGGCGACCUCUGUAGAAUCAAGCGAAGCCUUCACAUGGAUAUGGAUUACUGUUUUCAUCAUCUACACGAUUACAUGCCUUCUAUCUUUUACCACGCCACAAGGACCACCUCUACAUUAUGAACCCAAAGAUAUAUAUUCCACGAAAGAGGCAUCCGCACGAACUAACAAAGACGAAGUGAACGUAACCGGAGUGACAGGCAAGUCGUCACCCUGGGAAACACUCUUUUUCUCGUAUUCAACCAAAGUCGUCAUGCUUGGUAACACUGCGACCAGUUUAGAAAUAAGCGACCUCCCCAUUGUACCCGUGGGCCUCCGCGCGACAUUCAACUACACAAGAAUGAAGAAUGCCGUCCGGACAAUCAACUGGAAAAUUGGCUUAUGGAGACCUAAACCUGGUUCGGGAUGGAAUCUCGGAUAUCGACUUGUUAGGUUGAAUUUAAUGGCCCUUUUCGUGCAAUUCUUGCUCGCGUCUGUCAGUGCUUGUGUAUACUAUGUACCUCCGUAUUUCUUGCGGCAGCUCGUUUCUUACCUCGAAGUCGACCCUGAGCGCAGAGAUACGAGGUGGGGUUGGGUGUAUGUAGCAGGCUUAUUUGGAUCCAACGCUAUUUCUUAUCUGAUCACCGGACAACUCUGGUCACUCUCAACGACGGUUUUGCAAGUUCGAUUCAAGAUCCAAUUGAAUACCAUUCUCUUUGCCAAAACACUUGUUCGCAAGGACGUAGCAUCCAGCGCACCCUCGACAUCUAAGAAGACACCUACGGACAACGGAAGCUCGAAAAGCGACGUCUCCGAUGACAAAAAGGAUGACGAGGAUGACUUCUCUAGCAAGGCACAGAUUAUGACUCUUAUGACUACCGACGUUGAUAGGCUCAGCGAGUUUGCGUGGCAUAUGUUUACUCUGAUUGACUCGCCAAUCGAAAUCGUCAUCGGUUCCAUAUUUCUAUAUAAACUUCUUGGGAUUUCCUGUUUCUUUGGGCUGGCAGUGACAUGCUUGUUCCUACCAAUGAACCACUUCGCGGGAAGCGUCGUCGUUGGUGCCCAGGAUAACCUCAUGAAAGCUCGCGACGAGAGGAUAUCCCUUAUGAAUGAAAUCCUUGGUGCCAUUCGCAUGCUAAAGUUCAUGGCAUGGGAGCGCAGUUUUGAAGCGCGAGUCCUCGAAAUCCGAGAGAAGGAGCUGAAGUACCAAAAGCUCAACUACACUAUUGAGACGAUGUGGAAUGCCAUUUGGUACGGGAUCGACCGCAAUGCACCGAACGCUUCACCCAUACUGGUUACCUUGGUCUCGUUUUGGCAUUUCACUGUCAUUCGAAAGCAGGACUUGACGCCCUCCAUCGCUUUCACGUCCGUAAUGUUCAAUGAGUUAAAGUUUGCUCUUAACGCACUCCCCGAGACUUUCAUCAAUAUGUUGCAAAGUUUGGUGUCAAUGCGUCGAAUUGAAAAGUAUCUGAACGCCAACGAAGUCUCUCCUGUCCUACCUGUUGAGCAGCAGUCUCAAAUAAUCGCCUUCCAGUCUUGCACUGUUACAUGGCCUCAAGAGCGCAUAGCUGCCAGCAAAACACCCUCCACUGCAUCUACACCACGUCACAAGUUCAUACUUGUUGACUUGUCUCUCCGUUUCCCGCCAGGGGAACUGUCUUUGAUAUGCGGUAAGUUAGGGUCGGGAAAGACGUUAUUGCUUCACGCAUUGUUGGGAGAGGCGGAUGUACUUGCGGGGCAAAUGCUUUGUCCGCGUUCACCUCCUGAUGCUAUAGCAUCUUUCAAAACAAUCUUAUCAAGAGAAGAAUGGGUUGUCCAAGGAAUCUGUGCAUAUGUUCCGCAGGCCGCCUGGCUUCGUAAUGCGUCGAUUAAAGAUAACAUUCUUUUCAAUCUACCAUUUGAUGCCGAACGUUACAGAAAAACGUUAGAGGUUUGUGCUCUUACGACAGACCUCGAGAUUUUAGAGGAUGGAGAUGAAGCGGAGAUCGGAGAACGUGGGGUGAAUCUAUCGGGAGGCCAAAAAGCUCGCGUGUCUCUUGCACGUGCAGUCUACUCUCGUGCUUCUAUCUUACUUUUAGACGAUGUUUUGUCCGCAGUUGACGCACAUACAGCCCAUCACCUGUAUCAUGAAUGUUUGAAGGGCGAACUUAUGCAAGGUUUGACUGUGAUCCUGGUCUCUCAUCAUGUUCAGCUUUGUGCCGAAGGGGCUGGAUAUAUUAUAGCGCUUGACAAUGGACGCGUUCAGUUUGAAGGGACCAGAGAAGACUUCCAGAAGUCCGGGGUCAUACGUACCUUAGUACAGUCUGCCUUCAUCGACGACAAAGAUGAUGUCGCAGAUGACAAAGAGGAGGAAGUAAUCGAAGCAGGAUUCGGCUCCAACGAUGAGUCCGAAUCCAGCUCAACCGUGGCACCUGCGUCUGAAGUAACGGACACGAAAGCCGCCGGCAAGAAGCCGCCGCGUAAGCUCGUUGAGGAAGAAAAGCGUGCCAUUGGAAGGAUCGGAAAGGAUAUUUGGCUCACCUACAUAAACGCAUGCGGGUCUUCUAUCUACUGGUCUGUAUUCUUGGUCGUUUUCAUAUUGGCCGCUUUGAGCCCGGUAGCAGAAAAUGGGUGGCUAAAGUAUUGGUCGCAUACAGUCCUAGAAGCGGAUGGCUCGAAAGGUCCAGUGUACUACAUUGCUAUGUAUGCAAUCAUUACGGCCAUUGGUCUGAUUAUCACAACCCUUCGAUGGCUUGUUCUCUAUAGGGGGUCGAUUCAUGCAUCUGUGGUCCUCUACCAAAGGCUUUUGGAAACCGUCCUUUUUGCUAAUAUUAGGUUCCAUGAUACCGUUUCUCGUGGGCGCCUAUUGAAUAGGUUUGGUAAAGACUUCGAAGGCAUCGAUAGUAGUUUAUCAGACAAUUUCGGACGGAGUACCAUGUAUGCAAUGUCGUCUUUGACAACGUUAGUCACAGUCAGUGUUGUGGGAGGCUUACCUUUCAUCGCUGCCGCCUUCGUGCUCGCUGUCAUAUACUACAAUGUUGCCAAGGUUUACGGUCAGACUUCCCGUGAUAUGCGUCGUCUUGAUUCUGUAACUCGCUCACCGUUAUAUUCAAUCUACGGUGAAACUAUAGCCGGGGUGUCAAUAAUCCGGGCUUUUGGAGCCUCGUCGAAAUUCUUGCGAGAUAUGCUUCGCUGUGUUGACACUAACUGCAACCCUUAUUACUGGAUGUGGGGAGUAAACCGAUGGCUUUCCAUUCGGUUCAAUUUACUUUCUUGUGCAAUCACUGGUGUCACUGCUGCAGUGACUGUGUUGACUCCCCGGAUUGAUGCAUCUCUGGCGGGGUUCACUCUUGCCUUCGCUAGUUCUAUUACGAACGAUUUGUUGUUCAUGGUUCGUCGUUUUGUCGGUUUGGAGCAAUCAAUGGUGGCACUUGAAAGAGUGAAAGAAUAUUCAGAGCUCGUUCGCGAGCCUCCUGAGUUCAUUGAACCAAGGCCUCCUCAGUCAUGGCCAUCCCAUGGAGCCAUAAAAUGCGAGGACCUUGUUAUUCGAUAUGCUCCGGACCUACCUAAUGUUCUUCAUCACCUAAACUUUGAAAUCCAGCCGGGCGAAAAAAUUGGCAUUCUUGGAAGGACCGGCUCAGGAAAGAGUACCCUCGCGCUCUCUUUCUUCCGUUUUGUGGAGGCGACAGAGGGUCGUAUCUUGAUUGAUGAUCUCGACAUCGCUUCGAUUGGCCUCACCGAUCUACGAAGCAAGAUUACUAUUAUUCCUCAGGAUCCCACGAUUCUCAGUGGUACUGUGAGAUCUACGUUGGACGUCUUCGACGAAUACCAAGACGCUGAAAUAUUUGAGGCUCUGCGACGAGUACAUUUGAUUCCUGCCAAUAGUUCUGUUGAAGACGAUGUUGUGAAUGCUAAUAUGUUCCGCAACCUUGAUUCUCCUGUUUCCGAGGGAGGCGACAACUUCUCUACCGGAGAAAAGCAGCUGUUAUGCAUGGCCCGAGCCAUCCUCAAACGGUCAAAAGUCCUGGUCAUGGACGAGGCAACAGCCAGCGUGGAUUACGCUACAGACGAACUGAUCGGGAAGACCAUUCGACAAGAAUUUUCUGAGAGCACGAUAUUGACUAUUGCUCAUCGACUUAGGACCGUUAUUGACUAUGAUAGGGUCAUGCUUUUGGACCAGGGUCGUAUAGUAGAGUUCGACAGACCCAAGGUUCUUUUGAGCGAUUCAGCCUCAAAGUUCCAUGCACUCUGUAAAGCAACAGGCAAGGAGGAGUUUGCCGCUCUAAAGAAGAUGGCCGGGGUAUGAACCAUACGAAGGUGAUAUACAAAUCUAGAUUUUCGCAACUACUCAUAAUCAUUGGGUGUAUUGAUUCUUCGGAACUGAUUCGUACAAAAAUACAUUGACACGAAUGUGAAAGGAAUGAAAGGUCAAAUUAAUGAAACCCGCAAACCCUUGUCUCAUAAAGUCUUCAGACAUUGGAUCGUUUCCGGUGUCACAUC